CCCCGUUCGCGCGCAGUUCCUCUGACAGCAGUCGGCGUGAAAUGUGCAACUUCAUGAGUUCAAAGUCAUGCAAGCAGUCAUGAAAGUAAAAUUAAACGAGUUUGUGUAGGUCUACACGCGAGUGUAAUGUGAAUUAUGCGGGUUUAUGUGCAAGUUAAUCGUUUUUUUAUGUUUAUAAGUGGACGGAGUUUAUCAGUUUGAUCACUAUGUGUGUUUGUGAUGUAAGCGGUCAAACAGUCGUCAGAUCGGUGUAAACUACUAAAGUUCGGUGCUUUUGUCGUGAUUUUGAGUGGUGAAUCUCAACAGGUGCUGUGAGAGGAUCAGAUGCUUUUCUGACCGCGUGUGCGAGUGUUUUUGAGGCCAUAUGUGAAUGGAUCAGGUCAGGAUGGGUAAUCCUGUUCAUGAAAGACAGGGGGCGCUAACACAGGGUGAGGUGCUGCCACGCCCCUCCUCCAGCCAAUCAGAGGGUUUGAACCAGGGUCGAAGGGUUCUUAAUUCUUUACUGUCAGGAGCGCUCGCAGGCGCUGUGGCUAAAACAGCCGUCGCCCCUCUGGACCGAACUAAAAUCAUCUUCCAAGUGUCAUCAAACCGAUUCUCAGCUAAGGAAGCAUACAGGUUAAUUUACCGCACGUAUCUUAAGGAUGGAUUCUUCAGUUUGUGGAGAGGAAACUCGGCCACUAUGGUUCGAGUGAUCCCAUACGCUGCCAUUCAGUUCUGUGCUCAUGAACAGUACAAGAGGAUUCUGGGACAGUAUUACGGCUUUCAGGGCAAAGCUUUGCCUCCUGUACCUCGACUGUUGGCUGGUUCACUGGCCGGCACCACGGCUGCCAUGCUCACGUACCCGCUGGACAUGGUCCGUGCACGAAUGGCCGUCACACCCAAAGAAAUGUACAGUAACAUCCUGCACGUGUUUGUCCGUAUCUCACGUGAGGAGGGAUUGAAGACGCUCUAUAGAGGAUUUACUCCCACUAUAUUAGGUGUCGUACCGUAUGCAGGACUCAGUUUCUAUACCUAUGAGACCCUAAAGAAACUUCACACAGAGCGCACUGGCCGUCAGCAGCCGUACUCGUACGAGCGUCUGGCGUUCGGGGCGUGCGCGGGCCUGAUCGGUCAAUCUGCCUCUUACCCAUUGGAUGUGGUGCGCAGGCGCAUGCAGACGGCGGGUGUCACGGGUCACACGUACGGCACCAUCGCGGGCACCAUGCGGGAGAUCGUAGCGGAAGAGGGCGUGAUCCGCGGUCUCUAUAAGGGUCUGAGUAUGAACUGGGUGAAAGGUCCGAUCGCCGUGGGCAUCAGCUUCAUGACCUUCGACCUCACGCAGAUCCUCCUGCGCAAAUUUCAGCUGUUAGGUUAUAAUGCACGAUAGCGGCGUGGAGACGGGUGACCGCUAUUGAAAGUUGAGGUUGUGCUCUGUG